UAGUCCGAAUAGCACCUCACUCAGUCAAGCGCAGGAAACGGCACAGACCCCAAGACACUCCCAGCUGCGACGCCGUUAGCAACUCUCCGACCGCUCUCCGAUGGCUUCCCCGCCGCCGUCUUGGUUCGCGGGAACAAGUAAGAUUAAUGAAGCAGAUCAAUCAGAUCCUCAACAACCAAUUCAUUUUGAUCCUACACAACCCAUAUUAUUAGAACCAACACCUCUGAGAAGUGAGCCUUAUAUUCCGCCUACAAUGGAUUUAUCAGAAAAUAUAGAUUUUGAAGAACAAAUGGAGCAAGUUAUGAUAGUUCUUCCAACUCACUCAACAAUAGAAGAGAAGAAUAAGAUUUUGGAAACCAACGAGUCAGCGAUUAUUUUGACUGGAGCGGCUGCUGCAUUGGCACAAGGGGGACCUACAGUAGGAUCAGUUGAUAUUGGCGAGAAUGAAGACUCAUACUUAUUCCGUGUCUCUAUACCAGGGGCUUUGAAGGAAGACAAAUUUAGAUGUGAUGUUGAUCCCGAUGGGAAAGUAUUCGUACAAGGAGUAACUACGACAGGAGGGAAAAUAGUAUGCAGGGAUUUCCAUGUCUUUAAGAUGAAGACGCAAAAUCUGUGCCCACCAGGUCACUUCUCUGUCUCGAUCCAGCUUCCUGGUCCAGUUGAAAGCGAGCAAAAAAUUGUGUCUCUAGAUAAUGAUGGGAUUUUGGAGGGCAUUGUGAAGAAAAAAUUACCUUAAAAUAUUUGCUUCGAGGAGCUUGUAUGUUUUCGAUUGAUGAAGAGGUCUGAGUUGAAUGGAGAAGACUCCAUAUUUUAGGACUUAAGAUGUCGACAAUAAAUAAUUGCCUCUGUUUUGCGGAGGAUGAAGCCUGGCAUACAAGCUAGAGGUGAUAUACAGUACGCUUGCUCGAGCCCAAGUAAUAGUGAACUGGGGCUUUGCUAAGCUGUUUGUAUGCACUCAUUGUAAGACUGGAAGCUGUGUUCAUGGGUGGACUAUGUUUUAUUUCCGUUGAAAGUUCUCUCUACCAAGGCCAGUUCAUGGUGAAACAGCUGGUAGUUAUCUUGAAACUUACAAGAUACUUAGCUCUGUUAUUUUGUGGAAAUGGUCUUUUAUGGAUUUAUCUUUUUAUAAAAAGUAUUUUUGCAAAAAAUUAUAUUUCGUUUGAGUUUACUGAAAGUGCUUUUUGAUGAAAUUGCUUUUGGAACCAAUUCGUAGUAAAAUGCAAGUGAAUCUUGGAAAAGAACUUGAAGUUCUUCCUGCAAGAAGCACAUAACUGGUACUUCUUCCAAAAUGCAUUUUAAGUGCUUGGAACUCAAAAACACUUUCUACAAAAACACUUUUAGUCAUUUUAAAGUACUUCAAAUUGAGUGUGUAUGUUUUGGGUGGGUGGGUGUGGUUGACCGUAAGGGGCUGACAUUGGUAGUGGUGUUUAGGUUGUGAUUGACAGCUUGCUGAUCAAAGCACCAAAUUGCAGGUUUGAACUUUGAAACCCAAAUUCAGAACGUUCAUAAGUUUGUUUUCUUUUCUUUACCAUUCUCUUGGAUAUCUAAAUGAGUGGGCAAGUGUUUCGGUUGUAUUGACCCAAAGCUUUUUUAAAACUUUCCUCAUGCAUUUAUGUUCUGUUAUCCAACCUUAGCGUCUUCUCUAAUUUGGGGGUUCAUUACGAAUUCAAAUUUUUUAGAUUCUCUAAUGAGAAUUUGUGGCAUCUCGUACUGAGAAUCUUUCUUUCACGACUGUACUUCCCCUGAACUGCUACUGAUUUUUAUUUCGGUAUCCCUUAUUCAUGUUUAUUAUGUUGCGGACUAUAGAGAUGUCCACAGCUGUUAUGGGGGAAUGUAGGCUUUAUGGCCAGUUAGGGAAUCAAGGUUGCUUUAGUUUAGUUGGUGUAUAUUCAGGUCCUCAGCUUUUUGAAUUGUUAGCAAAAAGCCGGGAUGAAACUAUUCAAAGACAUUAGUGAGUGCUAGCUAGGACCAACAUUUGCAUCUUUUACUGUUCCCUCCGUUCAUUUAUACAUAUGCUUCUGCAUAUACAGUAGACUGAAGUGUCUUACUCCCUGAUAUUAACUCUUCAUGUUGUCUUGAAUUACUUAUGUGAACUUUAAUGAAUGCCUGUAUUUGAAUUGCUAAUAGUUUCUUUUUGGGAGCAGGUGUUUUCAUUUACUUGUAUAGCUUUGUAGUUUUGUGUGACAUGAAUUCUAUUACACAUGUUUGGUAUUUGACUCUACAAGUUCAUGCAUAAUUUUUCAUUUUUGGAGGUUACUGUGCUAAAUUUCUGCCAGCAUGUUAUUGGUUUGCCUUACGCAAUAUAAACUGACGCAUAAACUUUUCGAUAUUCACAGUUAAUGGCUGAAGCAAUUUUGGCAUCAUAAAGUUUUCUUACCAUCUGGAACCGCAUUAUCUGUAGAGUCAUGAUCUCCAUAGAAGGUGCAGCCCCAGGCGGCGAAGAUGAUGAGGAUGAAGGACAUCUGAAAGCAUGAUGGAUUACAACAAAAAUUUUGGACAUCUCAAUACGCAGAUGUUUGAAAGUCGAAUCGUUGAUAGAUUACCAGAAUAUUUCUGAACCUCUCAAAAUGCAGCCGUUCAAGAGAUCUCCCCAUAUAUCAACAUUGGGUUGGAUCGGCAUCUCUUCCAGCAGUCUCAUCGCCUCAUCAAAGCAGCCUGCUCGACUUAGAAGAUCUGUCUCUUACCCUCCUCCACAAGACCGAUACUACAUGCCGAUAAAACCACAAUGUAAGUUAUCUGGUCUGGAUAACACCCAGCCCAUAUAUUUGUUUCAGUUCACCUACGGUUCUGCAUUUUUCCACGAGUGAGAAUCGUUUUCUGGUGUUGCUUCAUGAAUCAUGAGCAUUUUGAUUCAAAUGGAAGAACUUGAUGGGCAAAUCAAAAGAUUAUCUUUAAACUCCGAA